GGACUGGUCUGAAUCUAGGAAGUUGAGGGGAAGGGGAGGAAUUACCGACAAAUGCAUUUUAAUGUAAAUACAGUAGAUUAACGGAGAAAACGCUGAAUAGAUAAAAAAAAUAUGAAAAAACAUGGGUUGGCUGGUUUGGAUCGUUUUAAAAAUAAAUACAGGUCAAGAUAUUGUAAUGCUGCUGGGUUACCAGAAAUCCCUGAUUUGGCACCUGGUCAAAAUGUAAUGUCUGCAAUACAUGAUUAUUUUAAAGACACAAGUGGUGGUAUAGAGGAAAAUACUUCUAAUCAAGUUAGCUGGUCAACUCCUGUAAGUGAGACUUCAAGUAAACUUUCUGCACCACAGAGCAAUCAGAAACUUGCACCUAGCCCACAUUUUAGAACAGUGCCACCUGGGUUUCAGAUUACUUCUACACCUCACAUUCCAAAAUCUAAAGAAGUGCUUCACAGCACAGGACACCACCACAAAAGUAAAGCAUUUCAUGACGGGGUAAAAAGUACUUUAAAUAAAACAAACAAAAAUAGCUUGGAACCUGAAUAUGCCAAGGAAGGGGCUGAUAUUACAAGUGAUUCUAAGCAAAAUAAUGGAGAGUUUAUCAAGAUCAAUGCUAUUUUUGCAGAAGUAGAAAAAGAAAUCACAAGCACAUCUUCUUUAGGCAGAAACAUUGCUGAACCCAUGUUUCAGAAUUUCACAAAUGAAAAUCCAACUACUAAGAAAAGGUUUUCAGAAGCUAUUCUCAAUCCAUCAUGUACUGCUUUAGUUGCUCCUUCAGGACAACAACCAGAAGAAGAAGAGUUUGUUAUUGAUGAAGCUGAUAGCUUCAUUUUAAAGUCAUGGAUUUCAAACCCUCCGAAAAAGAAGGCACCAUCAGUAGGAUCUGGGACAAAAAAUGACACAUAUCAAUCUGACGCUGAUAAGAAAAAAUACAUAUUAGGAGGCAAAGAUGCGCUUGCCAGUGAAUGUAGCUCUUUGGAACAUGCUUUGCCUAAAGCUUCUUCAAAUAAGGAAAUUACUGUGCAGCCUAAGAAAAGGCAGAGCAAUGCAUUUGUAAUGAAAAACCAACAGGAAGCAGUAUUACAUUCAUCUACGUUACAAGAUGGCCAUAUACUUGAUCAAGCUGCUGUAAAUUUGUUCUCUCUGUCAUCAAAAAAGGAUAAAAAAUCAGAUGAAGCAAAAAUAUAUAUUAAAUCUCCUCACAGAGGACAGCAUGCUAAGAAAGAGUUUGCUUUGAAUAGUCCAAAGGAUAAGUUCCUGAAUUCUGCAAGUAAACAAUCAUUGUCUUCAGAGAGCAAAAACAUAUCUAAUCUGCCACAGAAGAGUUUAAAGGCUCUUCUUCACAGGGCAGAUGUUCAGGAUGCAUUGCCAAGUACAUCUGUUGGUAAUAAAACCAGUAAGCAGCUAAUUUUGUUACACAAAUCUGGUAAAGAUGAUGUUAUUUUAGCAAGUAAUAUUGAUGAAGAGGACAAUGUUGAUGUGGUCAGCGGAGCAGCAAUUCUUUUUGUAGAAGAAGUGAAAGACAAUAUAACUGACACUCAAGCAAAACCUCCAGAACGGACUUAUAUACUUGAUAAUUCAGCGGUGCAAGAACCUGCAAGUCCCACUAUUAAACUUCCUACAAAGAAGAGGUUAAGCUUCAGAGAUACUCCUUUGAAGGGAAAAACCACUGUGGAAUUGAACAAACUUGGAGAAAUUUCUAAAAGAGAAGAAUUGCGGCGUACUGCUGAAAAGAAAAAACAAUUUGAAGAUGUCAUCCCUUUUACAGAGAGUAAAUAUGUAAAGUCACAUCUCCAAAAAACAGCGUCUAAAGGUCAUAGUGAAUAUAGUGCACAACCUUCAGCUUCUUUAUCUGGCAAAACUGACAAUGAAACUGGUUUAUUGAAAAAAAAUAUGGAAAUAGGGAACCUUACAUCAAUACAAUUCUCCAAGCAAUUAAAGAAGCAGAACAAUUCUGAAGUAAAAAGACCAUUGUCUUCCCUUUUUUUACAAGCAGCCACCACUGGACAUGCCGUAAGCAGUUUAGUUUCGGAUGUUAAGCUGGAUCUUCCGGCUCCUGUUGCUUCUCUGCCUCCUGCCCAGCACGCUAUAGAAGAUGAUGAAUUUAUAAUAGAUGAAGCAGACAGCCUAAUUUUGAAGUCAUGGAUUUCAAUUCCAAAAAAGGAAAAGCCACCGUCUAAAGUGCCAGUUUCAAAAACUGAAAAAUCGCAUUCAGACACAGGAAUGAAAAAAAUAGACCAUGAAAGUAACAGAUCUGGAGCUGGCAUAUGCAAUGACAAUGAUCAACAAAAAAAUGAUAUAGAAAUAGCUAAUGAUUAUGAGAAAUUAGUUAAUCAACCUGUACCAGAUGGAAGCCCUCCCAAGGUGGCGAACGUUUUAAAAUCAUCAAAAAAAGACUUCAAUUUAAGGAAAAAAACACCUUCAAUAGAGACAGUAUCAAAGAAAGAUAGAGGCAUAAGAACUGCAAAAAAGAAUGUGAUUGUUCCUAAAAAAACUCCAUUAAUCAAGCAACUUGAUUUGCCGGAUGAAAAUGCUGAUGAACAUAGGUCAGAAGAAGACGUUAAUGCUGCUACAUCACCAAUUAGAGAUGCUGCUCUGAGAAAUGAAGUUACUUCACAAACAAAAGUUUCAACUAGAGACAGUAAUAAUAUUAAUCCUAUAAAGACACCGGUCAAACUUAGAAAUCCUCAAUUAGAGCAACCUGAAACAGAACGUGAAUACAUUGAGGAAGUAAAUCAGUCAAAACAGGCAUUGCCAAAAACAUCUUUAAAAAAGGCUGGUUUGAAGGAAAAAGAUACAUCCCAAAGAGUAAAAAGCAAACCGGCAGUAAAAAAGAAAGGGCAUAAAAAAGCAAGGACUCGUUCCAAAAUUCUACAGUCACCGCUGUCUCCCUACAAUAAUUGUAAUAUACAGAAUGUUGUAAGCCCUAAUGCUCAGUCUGAAGAAAAUAUUGUAUCUGGUGAGGAAAAUAAGAGCAAACAAACACGAUUCAAAGGUCGAAAUUCUAGGAAAGACAUUCCUUUGGAACAGGAAUUUUCUUCAACUCCAGUUGAUAAAAGUCGGAAGUCUGUAAAUAUGCACACAACCUUUUCUCCAGGAAAGCAGAAUGCAUCAAAAGGCAAGAUGGAUAAACAAAAAAUGCAGGGUGAUAUUAUGCCAAAUACAAAACAACUAAAACCAUUUCAUACAGAGGACAGUUUAGGACUGCAAACUCCAAGUAUGGAAGGCAGGUUCCAUGAUGCUGCUGUGAAGACAGGUAGUCGCAGUCAACGGAUACAGAAACCUCCUUCAUCUUGGUGGAUGGUUUCACCAACUACAAUCAAUACAACUUUUUCCAUUGAAAACAAGUUACCUCAGAAACAAUCUAAAAGAAACAGCAAAUGGCAUAAGAAAGAAGCAAGGUCCAAACAUGUGUCAAAAAUGAAAAAAGGAAAGACUAAGAACCUAAAAACUGCCUCAGAACUUCAAGCUUCUCAGGCAACUAAUAUUACAGAGACAAUCAAAAACACUACUUUGUCUGAUGAUCCAGAUCCUCCAGUCAAUACAGAUUCCAGUGCCAUAACAAAAGCAACUCUUUCAGAGCUUCCAGAUUCCCAGGCCAUUAAAGAUAAUGUUACUGAAAGAAAAUUGCCUGCUAACAAGCAAACAAAAAUAAACAAACACAAAGAUAAGAGUGCAGUGACUAAACAAAGGCAAAGACGUGCAAUUGUAUCUGAAAAUUCUAGCACAGAGGAAACACCCGCUCUUACUAUCAUGAAACAAAUUACCUUAUCAGGGCAUAAGAAAGAAGAAAGGUCCAAACAUGUGUCAAAAAUGAAAAAAGAAAAGACUAAGAACCUAAAAAAUACAACUUCCUCAGAACUUCAAGCUUCUCAGGCAACUAAUAUUACAGAGACAAUCAAAAACACUACUUGGUCUGAUGAUCCAGAUCCUCCAGUCAAUACAGAUUCCAGUGCCAUAACAAAAGCAACUCUUUCAGACCUUCCAGAUUCCAAGGCCAUUAAAGAUAAUGAUACUGAAAGAAAGUUGCCUGCUAACAAGCAAACUAAAAUAAACAAACACAAAGAUAAGAGCGCAGUGACCAAACAAAGGCAAAGACGUGCAAUUGUAUCUGAUGAUUUCAAUGAAGAGGAAACACCCACAACUGCUACCACUGUCCAGGUAUUCGCUCCGGAAAUCCAGACAAGGAAGCGAAAGGUUCCAGAAGAAGCAGAUUCCCAAAACAGUGAAAUGCCUCCAGUUCCGAAGAUAGCAAAAUCCAUUCUUAAAAGAAGAAGUGAGAAUUUAGAAAAACCUUUGCAUACAGAGAAAACAAAUCUAAAUAGCACAGAGGAAAGUGAAGCAGACAGAAGUGCAGAUGAUUUUUGCAAACUGCCAAAAAAACGUAUAUCCCGUAUCUCUACACUGAGAUCAUCACUUAAACCAAACAACUGUGGAGAAAAUGUUCCUAAAUUUAGGGGAUCGUUGGCUUCAUUUGGUGCUGCUUAUCACAUAACUCCUCAUGCAGAGAAAACGUCACCUGAGAAACUUAUUGAGAAUGACUCUCCAUUUCAGACAAAUUGUGAUAUUGCUUUAAAACCCCCUAUUCAGUCACCCCAAAAGAAUGUUCAAUCAGAAAGUCCUACCAGAACUGAGAAUAUGGAAGUUGAGGUUUCAAGCUCUGAAAACAGCACUGAACAGCCUGCAUUAAGUUUCAAAAAUCAAGAAACACCAACAAAAAAUGGAAUCAUAAAUUCAUCGACUGAGAGCAAUUCAUGCGAAGCGAAUAAUUCCUCUGAAUGUGAGGUACUGGUUAAUAAUCGCAGUUCCUACUUAAGAAGUGGAAGUGGUCCUGCUGUUUCAAGGGCUGUCAGAUUCACCAGAGCUGAUGAUAAGCCACUGGCAUAUGAUCAUUAUGAAUCUUCAGCAUCUGAUAUAGAACCCAUGGAAGAUGCCGAACAAAAAUCUACUCUGAAGAGGAAAAUUGUUCUUCCUUCAAAUACACCAAAUGUUCGUCGCUCCAAAAGGACAAAAGUGAAGCCAUUGGAAUAUUGGAGAGGAGAACGCGUAGAAUACAAAGUCAGACAAUCAGGAGGCCUGGUGGUUGAAGGAAUCCUUGCCCCAGUUAAUGAAGAUCCUGCCAGAAAAGCUGUGUCUAAAAGAAAGGAUGUGCAUAAAGUAGAAAAAGUGCCAAAUUUUGAACAUAAUACAGAAGACAUAGAGCCAACAACUGUACUUCACUCACUUAAUGGAACAGAAAUAUUGGUUGAAUGUGUGAAAACUACUGAACACUGUCAUUUUAAUGAGUCAAGUGAAAUAUAUGUCUGCAAGAGCCUUAACCAACCAACAUUUUCAACUGGUAAAUUGAGCAUCGGCCCAUUACAAGAAAAAGGAUACCAGUUUGUCUGUCUAGACACAAUGGUUUUCUACAUCAUCCAAGGUUCACUGGAGGUGACAAUUUAUCAUACAAGAUACACCCUGAAAUCUGGAGAUCAUUUUUUUAUUCCUCCUGGUAAUAUGUAUAACAUAAAGAACCUUCUGAGAAAGGAAGCCAUUCUUCUUUUUACUCAGAUCAAGGGAAAACGCCUAGAAGAUGACGAUGACUAAAAUAAAACACAGUUUUUGUAAUUUUGUAUAAAGCUUAGACUAGACUCGGUUUCUUGUUUUUAUAUACAUAAAAUAAGGUGGAGCUCUUUUAUCUUUUGUAUAUAUGGUUGUUUAAAAAGAGACAUUUUCUUAAAUAUUUUGUGUACAGUCUGUCUAUUUUGUAUAUAUCUGUGUCAACAAUAUUUGAUCCCAAUUUAUUUAAAAAAAAAAAAAAGAAUUUGCUGAACUUGAGUAAUAUUUCCACCAUUUUAUUGCUAAAUAUCUUCUGGCAUUUAGAUACAUUAAAAAAAUGAUAAACAUUA